AUUUUAGCAACAUUUUUAUAGAUAAUGUAGGAGUACCCUAUCCAAACCAAGCGACAGUAGGAUGCCACGUGGCAACAGAACAGACAAUGAAGAAAUGGUUGGUUUCUAUUGAUCCUGAGCGCAGACAGGGGACUUAAAAAUUUUGAGCUACUAGAGUUGUUUCAAACUAUUUGUGAGAAACAAGUAAAGUGAAAGUAGAAAAUGGCAAGUAUAGUGAUGAACUCAUUGAGUUUGAAGCCUUCUGGACUGAAAGUAGCAGCCCCUGCCAGAGGCCUUCCUUCACUUGCUAGGCCCACUUCCUUCAAGGUUCAAGCCAGUGGUGUCAAGAAGAUCAAAACUGAUACCCCUUAUGGAACUGGUGGCGGCAUGAACUUGAGGGAUGGUAAAGAUGCAUCCGGAAGGAAGCCAACGGGCAAGGGUGUGUACCAGUAUGUGGACAAAUAUGGUGCUAAUGUUGAUGGAUACAGUCCCAUCUAUGACCGUAAUGAAUGGUCUGAAAGCGGUGAUCGAUAUGCAGGAGGCACAACUGGUUUGUUGAUAUGGGCCGUGACUCUUGCUGGUAUUCUUGGAGGAGGAGCACUACUUGUUUACAGCACAAGUGCUUUGGCAAGUUAAGCUAGUAACAUAUAACUCCAUCCUCUGUACGCGUAAAUGUUACCUAUUUCCACAUAUCAACAUUAAGGACACAAUAUUCUUCUGUACUGCAUCUUAUUUGUCUUCUAAUAUAUGUGCAUUUCCUAUAUUC